GAUCAAAAUAUAAAAGCCGUUUAGGCAAACAUUGAAAAUAUUGUAUUUAUAAAUAGUUUCAAUAGUUUUUAAAUUUAAUUCAGACAAACAAAAAUCCAGCAUGUUUGUACCUCAACCAUGACCUCAAAACGUGCAUCUUCUAGGCGAUCUCUAAGUAGUGAUUUUCGCAUGCUUAUUGGAGUUAUUGCAGAUUUGGAAACUACGAUUGGCUUUUUAUUGGCAGGUGUUGGAGAAACUUCUGGUUCGCAACAAUUAGAUAAAAACUUUAUGAUUGUAACAGAAGAGACACCAGCACAUGAAGUCGAAUCUUUUUUUACAUCCUUGUGUGGACGCAGAAAUAUAGGAGUAAUUUUUGUUGCAACUGAAGUAAGAAAAGUCUUGACACAAGUUAUUUCUCGAGUUACUAAAACCAUUCCCAUUAUUUUGGAAAUUCCUACUAAAAAAACAAUUGUCCAAUCACUUGAAAAUAAGCACCAAGCUUUAAAAAAACAUAAACUUAAAGAUAUUAACUAAAUUAUCGAUAUACAUUAUAUUAAAUUUUCUAAUAAAUUUACAUGAGUGUUUUAAAAAGGACAAUUACAUUAUCCGAUUGAUUAUAACACAUAUUUACUCAGAACGAAAGUUAAAAAGAUCGUAAACAAGUAUGUCGUGUAUGACUACUUUAAAGGAAAUAAAUUUGCGUGUAUGGAUAUUACAAUACUACACAUAUGCACAUACAGUUUGUGAAUUAUUCUUUACACGAUGAAAAACUACAUGAAAUUUCAGUUUCGGGCUUAAUUUUUUCUAACAGAAAUAAAAAUUUUCAAUCUUA